CACAAGCCAGGAAAACGAAGCUCUGAGUGCGCCUCAAGUGAGGCGCUAGGACGCAGCGUGAGACGUGCACGGCCGUGACCACAGCGGGCGCUAGAGAGACGCACGACCGCUGCUGUCUCUUCCCUGCCGAUCUUUGAUUGGGCCCUCUCCAGCGCGCGCGCGAUCCCUCUCCGCCCCCGCUCCCGCCGGCCCGCCGGCGCGCUAGAGUGCUAACUGGGCACCCUUGUUGGGUAAAACGGCGACUACCCCUCGCUUAACUUGUGAGUGUGUUGUUCUUCGUGGCCACCGGAUACCCAGUGUCUGCCGGUCCAUGAUGAAUAAAGAUCAAGUUGCUCUUAUUGGUCAGGUGUUUGAAUCAUAUGUUUCAGAAUUCCACAAGAAUGAAGUCUUACAGAUUCUGAAAGAAAAAGAUGAAGAUACUCACUAUCCUGUAGUGGUUGAUGCUAUGACUCUUUUUGAGACGAACAUGGAAAUUGGGGAAUAUUUCAAUGCCUUCCCCACUGAGGUACUCCCUAUUUUUGAUAGUGCCUUAAGAAGGGCAGCCCUGACAAUUCUGCAAUCUCUUCCACAACCUGGGGAAUUUUGUAUGAAGCAGAAUCUUCAUGCCAGGAUAUCAGGUCUGCCUGUCUGUCCUGAACUGAUGAGGGAUCAUAUUCCUAAAACCAAAGAUGUGGGCCACUUUUUAUCCGUCACUGGGACAGUGAUUCGUACCAGUCUGGUCAAGGUCCUGGAGUAUGAACGGGAUUACAUGUGUAAUAAGUGCAAACAUGUUUUUGUGGUUAAAGCUGACUUUGAGCAGCAUUAUACAUUCUGCCGUCCAUCUUCAUGCCCGAACAAAGAAGGCUGCAAUUCCUCUAAAUUCACUUGUCUCUCAGACUCAUCAUCCUCUUCCACACAUUGUAGAGAUUAUCAAGAAAUAAAAAUUCAGGAACAGGUUCAAAGGCUCUCUGUGGGAAGUAUUCCACGAUCUAUGAAAGUUGUCCUGGAAGAUGACUUAGUAGACAGUUGUAAAUCUGGUGAUGACCUCACCAUUUAUGGGGUAGUGAUGCAGCGAUGGAACCCCUUUCAUCAAAAUGUUCGGUGUGAUGUGGAGAUAGUCUUGAAAGCCAAUUAUGUCCAAGUGAAUAAUGAACAGUCCACAGGCAACAUCAUUGAUGAGGAAGUUCGCAAGGAAUUUGAGAGUUUUUGGGAACUUUUCAAGAGCGAUCCCUUGGCAGGAAGGAAUGAAAUCCUGGCCAGCUUGUGUCCUCAGGUUUUUGGGAUGUACCUGGUGAAGCUUGCCGUCGCCAUGGUGCUUGCUGGUGGUGUCCAGAGGACAGAUGCCACUGGAACAAGAGUCAGAGGCGAAUCUCAUCUCUUAUUGGUUGGAGACCCCGGUACAGGGAAAUCUCAGUUUCUCAAAUACGCAGCAAAGAUUACCCCGAGAUCUGUGCUCACCACAGGAAUUGGAUCUACCAGUGCAGGCUUGACAGUGACUGCUGUGAAGGAUUCCGGGGAAUGGAAUUUGGAGGCUGGAGCGUUAGUACUUGCAGAUGGAGGUCUUUGCUGUAUUGAUGAGUUUAAUAGCCUCAAGGAGCAUGAUAGAACAAGUAUCCAUGAAGCAAUGGAGCAGCAGACUAUCAGCGUUGCUAAGGCUGGCCUUGUAUGCAAACUGAACACACGAACCACCAUCCUGGCAGCCACCAACCCCAAAGGUCAAUAUGACCCCUGCGAGUCAGUCUCAGUGAAUGUAGCCCUAGGAAGUCCACUCUUGAGCAGAUUUGACUUGAUCUUGGUUUUACUUGACACCAAAAAUGAAGACUGGGAUCAUAUAAUUUCUUCUUUUAUCUUAGAAAAUAAAAGUUGCCCAGGCAAGUCCAAGAAGCUCUGGAGCAUGGAAAAGAUGAAAACCUACUUCUGCCUCAUUAGGAAGCUACAACCCAAACUGUCUGAUGUGAGCAACCAGGUUCUUCUCCGUUAUUAUCAAAUGCAGCGUCAGAGUGACUGUAGAAAUGCAGCCCGGACCACUAUCCGCCUACUGGAAAGCUUAAUACGCUUAGCAGAAGCUCAUGCCCGUCUGAUGUUCAGAGAUACAGUGACUCUGGUAGAUGCUAUUACAGUGGUGUCGGUGAUGGAAUCCUCAAUGCAGGGAGGUGCCCUUCUAGGAGGUGUGAAUGCACUCCAUACAUCCUUUCCUGAAAACCCCCUGGAGCAGUACCAAAUGCAGUGUGAAAUGAUUCUGGAAAAGCUGGAGCUGCAGAGUCUGCUGAGUGAGGAACUAAGAAGACUUGAGAGACUAAAGAAUCAAAAUUCACUCUUGUCACAGCCUGGAGAGAUGGAUGUAGAAACUGCUUGUGGGUCUUUGGGAAAUGAUUGGAUGGAAAAAGCAGGACACAUAUCCCAACGUAACCCUUCUGAACAACAAGAAGCCAACUGUAAUGGAGAGACCUCCUCUGUUAGAGAAAACACCAAGAAUGAGGCACACUUCAGGUCCCCAUCAAGUCAGGGGACAAGUAAAAAGACGACAGAAACCCCUGGUAAUUCUAACCAGAAGGACAGAGAUACCAGCUUGAAUUGGUUUGACUCCUUGACAAGUGAGCCCAUAGAUUCUGAAGAUGACUUGACUAUAUCUCCUAUUCCCAAGGUGACCAAGAACAACAUGGUUUUGACAACACCCAGUGACAAAUACCACAGUAAAGGAAAAAGAGGAUCAAACCAAAGAAGCAAAGCACAAACUGGCCAGCUUCCAGGAGAAGCCAAUAAUACAGCUGUUCCAUCAAAGCUUGAAAGACCUUUUCAUUUUGCUAAAAAAAACCCCAACCAGUCAGAAACAGUGACUGAGAAAACAACAUCUUCAAAAGGGCCUGACUCAAUUAUUACUCAGCAUGUCCCUAAGAGGCGGCAGAAAUCCCAGGAGUUCUCUAAAAAUGCGCCAACCUCCCAGGUUAUUUUGCCUCUUCCUUCUGCUGCAGGAGCUGGGGAAAUGUUAAACUCAGACUCCAGUUUAGCUGUCCCUCAUCCUCCUCACCAAACCCCCUUGCAGAGUAGUCCUCCAGAGGAAAGUCUGGCAUCUGCCAUGAAAAAGAGACACAAAUCUGAGGAUGAGGUAGAAAGCAGUGACCCUCACCAUGGGAGUGAUGAUGGGGGGCCCCCAUUGACUAAGCUGGCCAGGUUUACUUUCAAACACAAGUCAAAGUUGACCCACUCUUCUGGAAACAAUCACCAUGUUCCUCCUCCUGCCACAUGUAAAACUUCAGCGACACUUCCUAGGAUUGCCAGCCACAGAACAAACGAAGGACUACCAAAGGAAGAAGAAAGAUGCUCCAAGAAGGGUCCAAAAAAUCCAGGAUCUAGUGCUGGGAGCCAAAGGUCAGUAGAGCCAGUGCCCAAUGAGACUAGGGAGGUGGCAGAACAGCCACAAAAGAAAGAGAAGGCAAAAGAAUCCAGCCCAGUCACUCUCCCUAAAUCUGGAAUGGAAAACCAGGCUGACCAUCAGCUCUCUGCUGGCAAGAGAGAGAAAAAGGAAGAUUUGUCCAACCCUAAAAGGAAGAUUCAAGCAUCUACAUUAGCUAAAUUAGCAAGCUUCUCCUUUACUGGCCCUUCUGAAUCCAAAUCGGGGAGCCCACCCCCUCCUGUCAACACAAACUCUGGCGAGGGAGCCCCCAGCCCUCUUCCUACAGGCUCAGCUGGCGCCCUUGGCAGAAGGAAAACUUUUCAAUUGGAUGAGGCUGGAGAGAAAGCCGUUGUUUCAGGAAACUCUCUCUUCAAUUUAACAGAACUAGAGGAUGAUGAUGAUGAUGUGUUAGAUUUUGAUUGGGAAAAAGAAAUGAGAAAGAAUCCCAAAUGGUAGCAUUCCACCAUUCCUCCUUUAGGAUCUUGGUGAUUUGGAGACAGGACCCUCACCCAUCAGGUUUUGUGAUUUUCACUUUAAGCUCAUCUAUCAUAUAUCAUAGCAAAAUUACUGCCAUCAUGGAUAUGUAUUUCACAAAUAUCAUGUGACUUUCUUUGCCUGUCAUUUUUGUGUUUUCGUGUCACAUCUGAUUUAGAUUUGUCAAAAACAUUUUCUUUUUUUAAUGAAUCUCCCUUUCUUCUUUCUAGGCAAUGAUUAAAGAAUCCAAUUACUGGAACAUAAAGGUAGAAGGUACAAACUCUCAUGUAAGGGUCUCCAUUUUGUAUCUUAGAGUGUAUUUUUCAUUCAGUUUGUUUCCUGGAACAGUAAGGAACCAAAAACAGAUGUUGGAUAGGGCUAAAUCACACAUCCUAUCUCAGCCAACCUGAUAGACAAAGUAGAAUGUGAGCCCUAUUUAAGUGAUUCAUUUGUCCCAAAGCUUAUUUGGUGACAAGGAGUACUAUAAGCUUUUUUCCUCAGCUGCAUUCAAACAAAUUCUUCCUUUGGGUUCCUUUCUAGUGCUUCGCAGGGCUCCAUCAUUAUGAGUUUUCUCAUUUGAAGAAGAAUUUUCAUUUUUGUGUGCUUAUCCAAGCCAUCUAGGGAGGAAAGAAUCUAGUAUAGAGGACCAUAAAUAUAUAUUGAAGGAAAACAGAUUUAAGAAUUAUUCCUUAACUCUGAAUCAGCUUGUCAGAAAUUUUUGUUUCAAACCUAUGAUCUCAUUGCAAACACUUUCAUAGUGUCAGAACAUUUAAACACGCUAAAAGUUACACCAUCUUCCCUUUCUCACAUUGUGCCAUACCAGAUUCAAUUCUAACAUGCCUGGACUGAAGCAUAGGCUCGAUGAUAUUGUGAAUGCUGCUGUCUCUUAAUGAAUAUAUGUCCAUGUGCCAUUCUGUGAAUAUGCAAUAUCAUGGGAGAAUUUCUUUCUUCUCUUACUGCCUUCUUGCCUACUGGCCUGUCUUCUUUCCUGCCUUCCAUAUUUUUGAGAAAAAAAAAGUAGAAGGUACAAAAAUUAUGAGAUUGUUAUCUUUGACCCAUACCUAAUUUUCGAAUAGAGCAAAUUCAUUCUUAGUUGCAUAAGAUUAACUUUACAUUCUAACAAACAAAGGAGGAAAAUAACUUUUCAGAACUAUGUGUUAAAUCUCCUUAAUUGUAAAAUAUUCUUGAUUUCUGUAUGUAGGGUAUAUCCUUCUUCAUAGCACAGUCCUUUUGCCCAAUUGAUAGAAUGAUGUAGACACCACUGACAGGGCAAAUAGCUAUCCAUCCAUCAAAAGAAUUUCUAGACCAAUCCUCAAAGAGGUCCAUAACUUUAAGAAAAUCUUAACACGGUGCUGAACUUGAAUAGCUCCCCAGAGGCCACACUGGGCUAGAACCCUUGGUGUACCCCUAAAUAGAAAAGAUCUUGCAGGUAUGGAAGGAGAGAAUUUAUUAGCUUAAAAAUAUAUAACACUUUAAAGUUGCAAAGCACUUUGACAUGCACAGUCUCAUGUGUUUCAUUGCUGGUGUUCCCAUUCCUCCCUAUAUAUUGGGUUGUCAGUAGCCCAGGAAAGGGUGCAGAGGAGCCCUGUUACCUAUGUGUAGUUGACACGCCUAUAGAAUAAAGGCAGGCAACUGGCCAACAUUGUGCCUCCCUCUGUAGGGUCUAUAAGCUCCUUAUCCUACAAAGAGAGGAGAUCCCUGGGUGGCUGCUUUCACCCCAAGCCUUCACCUAGAUUGUUUAUCAGAAAGGCUGGAGGUUGUGAGCUGCCUGACUCUCCCGUCAUUCCUUUCCUUUCUCCUGCCUCAGCCAUAGCCACUGUCAGUCUUUCUCCUAGGAUGCUUCCAGAGAAUACACAACUGCAGAUGUUUGUAAGCUGCAGUUAUUUGUCUCUGAUGACUUGGUAUUGUUGUAGCUAUAAAGUAAUCAUAACGUAAAUUUGAUAAUAAAGAUAAAUACUAAAAUAAAAGAAAA